AUGGCAUGGGUGUUCGAAAUCGCGGGGCCUGCUGCAUCGUGCACGUAUUGCUUUAACGACACGACAUUGGUGCCGCUUCUUCCCUUAUGCUUCCGCGAACCGGGCGACCCUGCGGGACGGUGCCAUUCUAACAAAGACUCGCCGCUUCCUUUUGAGCUGGAAGUGGAGGUCACGUCUCGAGCAAUGCCCAUUGUCGCGGUGAUUUCGGAACUGAGCAUCUCGGAGUUGCUGGUCCUUCUGACUGGCUACACCAUGGACCUCGGGAAGAUGGCUUUCCUCGGCUUUUUGCACGACAACCACCUCGGGAAUCUGCUGGUGGUGACAAGCCCGACGGGUGCAAAGAAGAUAACCUGGCAUGACUUCGGCGCUCGAAGCUACUUUCACACGGCCACGCAGUCGCAGUUCACAAGCUUCAGGAAAUUGUUCGAUGAGUCCUUCGAGAAGGUGCUUGAAUCUCUCAAACAGCACAUCGGCACCGGGAGCCUCGUUGCCCAGUUGAGCCACGUAAAAUCGGAGUGGAGCCUGGAAGGGAUUGGAGAUGUGGACGUGCUAUCAAAGGCGUUGGCCACGCUUGCAGAGAGCCUCCAGCAGGUGAUCAUGCAAUGGGCCGAAGGCAGCAUCGACAUCCGGCGUUCGGUGCUGCGAGCAUGGAGCCGAGCAUUGACACCAACAAGAGCUGAGGAACUUCGUGAUUUUCUGGAGCGAGGCGCUACCUCGGCGCCAUCCACUGUCUGGGUGCGGGAGCUAGACAGCAAG